AUGGCAGAGACAAUGGUGGUGCCAAUGGAUUAUGUGGUGUUGAAAUUGAAGAUUGAAAAGGGCUUUCCAUAUAUGAAAUCUGAUGAAUGGAAGUCCUGGGUGCUAGUGUAUUCGCCUAUCAUGUUGAAGGCCAUCCUGCCAAUUGAAAUGUUCAGAAAUUGGAUCAGUUUUGUUGAUGCCUGCCACCAAUUAGUAAAGCCAAGCAUCACGUUCUCUGACAUUGACGAUGGUCAUAAAUUUCUUCAAGAAUUCUGUACUGAGUGCCAGCAUAUUUACACUCCAACUAUUCUCACCUGUAACAUGCAUUUACAUCUCCAUCUUUGCAAGACCAUCUGUGAUUUUGGACCAGUAUAUAGAUAUUGGCUCUUUGGGUUUGAGCAAUAUAAUGGUCUGCUAAAGAACGUGAAUACGAACAGAAAAGAUUCCUUUGAGGUUACAUACAUGAAUAGUUUCGUCCAAGAUACAUUCAAAGCUCAACCCUCCACUUCAAAAAAUGCAAUAACUUUUCCCCAGCGCCCGUUCAGACUAUCAGCCUUCAUCCAAGCAUACUCAAACCCUUCUCUUCCAGUCCUUGGCAAUGAAUCUCUUCCUCCAUCCGCAUUUCCUCUCCAUAUCGAACCCCCAUCAGCAAUAAGUGAUGUCGACUAUCCUCAUUUGCUUGAUUACUAUAAAGUCGCAUACUGCAUGCCAAAUCUUGAAGGUUACCAGCAUCCCUCCUCUCCAUUCUCCUUUGUUGACAACCAAAUCAUAAAGUUGAAAUCAAUCAAUUUGCUUGGUCAGGUUUACAAAGGCUGCAAAUAUGCUUCUGGUUGCAGCUCAUUUGUUCAAUCUCUGUUCCUUGGAAGUCAAGGCAAUAAUCGGUUGGCAUACACUGGCCAAAUUCAGUAUCUGUUCUUGCACUCUUUCACUCCACCAGUAAACAACACAGAGCUUCAAACACGUGUCGUUUAUCAAGAUAAACACGUGUUUGCGUUUGUUAAGUGGUUUCAGAUUGAGCAUGACUGUUCAAGAGAGUUGGAAAGUGUUGACAUCUGCAGUGCAGAUUUUAUUGCGUGUGAUUUUGAAUGCAUCUUGCCAGUACAUCGAAUAUCAUCAGUUGUUGCAACAUGUAAUUAUAAAACCAGCACAAAUAAUAAGAAAAUACUUGUCAACGCUUUACCACACAAACAAUACAAUUAA